UUAUUGUGAGACGGAUGCGAAAGAUGAACGAUGUCAUACCAAAAACUUUACGAGGAAUCUUUCCCGGCAAGUCUGUUACUCGAGUUUGAUGAGCUAGAUGAUGGGAUUCUUAGCCCGCCGAGACUACAACAACCGGAGCAGAUAAGUAAUGUUCCUGAAUCUAGAUCCUCGGCAACAACUUCCCACACAUCGAACACCUCGAGUGGAAACUAUAGCCUUUCAACGGAGAAUGAAAAUGGCAGCGGAUCCAGUGGAUCAAGCAACAUCGCUUCGAAGUAUCGCACAAGCACCAAUAAGCGGGUAAAUGCGAUGAAGGAUGCAAAAAAUAUCGGUUCCAAGCCUCCAAAUAGAUCGACGAAUACUGUAAACCAGAAAAGGGCUAAAUCUAUGGAGAAUCUUGUGAACAGUGGCGCUUCGCAUGCGCAAUCAAUUCCGUUCAAACGACAGAAGUACUCACACGUUAAAAGUAAAGUGAAACAAUUCAUAGAUGAAGCGAUCAGUCAGCGUGAUCGCCGCGGGUUGGUGCGUCAUAACUCACUGAGUAAUACCAACAUUCUCGGGCGUACACUUGAAGAGACAGAUGAAUUCGACCAAGAGACCAAUAUUGAUACUUUACGAGCAAUGCUGAGAGAUAAAAACAACGAGAUCGACAGUCUGCAGCGACAUCUCCAUUUCAGUGAACUUCAGCGGGAGGAUGAGGUCGCGAGAGUUGUUGCUUUGAAGAAUAAAAUUGAAGGUAUACGGCUAGAAGAUUCGAAACGAGAACGGGAAAGAGAACGUGAACGCAAGCGUGAGAGAGAACUCCAUGAAAAACGAGUUCUGGCAUCAUACCUUCAACUCAACAAGAGCUUAGUAUCCGUCGCGACCCAGACAAGUCCGGAAAUAGGACCAAUGAUCAAUUUCAGCACUUUCCGCAGCGAGGACAGCUUUGAACGGUUGUUAGCCGCAAAUGCGUCAACCGCUCCGAGAGUGAAACGAGCGCUGCAGUACGUGAUGGAUCUGGAACAAGAAGAACUAGACAAGAACAACAACCAUAUACAAAGACGUCCUGAUUCUGUAACGGAUCCGAAAAAUUCACCAGCACCCCAUCAGAAUCAGUGCUCGGUGGAAGAGGAUGAGGAGUCUCCUCGCUCGGAACAGCGUCUCGAAAUUACCGUAGAGCCUAUUGAAUUUGCGGAAAUUUGUCAUGAUUGUGCCAGGAGAAAGAAACGCAAAUACAUUAAGAAAACUAGGCUGGCCAGUUUCUUCUGCAUAAAAAGGGAAUGAACAUUUCAACAAGAUUUAUUUCACGUAGUUAUUAAUCUUUGUAUUUUAAAAUAUAACAAAUGUAUCUAAUCUGCUCUAUGAUGAAAAAGUGAUCAAAACAAUGAAUAAAUAAUACGAGCAAAUUGGGAACAUUGUUUACA